AUGUUGCGCUUUCUGGUGCUCGCCUCCCUGGUCCUGUUUGGACACAGCACCCAGGACUUUCCAGAAACUAAUGCACGGGUGGUCGGAGGGACUGAGGCCCAGAGGAACUCUUGGCCAUCUCAGAUUUCCCUCCAGUACCGUGAUGGAGGGUUAUGGUACCACACCUGUGGAGGGACCCUCAUCCGGCGAAACUGGGUCAUGACAGCUGCUCACUGUGUGGACAGCCAGAUGACUUUCCGUGUGGCCGUUGGAGAUCACAACCUGAGCCAGAACGAUGGCACCGAGCAGUUAGUGAGUGUGCAGAAGGUUGUGGUGCACCCCAACUGGAACAGGAACAAUGUGGCUGCAGGCUAUGACAUCGCCCUGCUGCGCUUGGCCCAGAGUGUUCCACUCAAUAACUACGUCCAGCUGGGUGUUCUGCCCCAGGAGGGAAGCACCCUGGCUAACAAUACUCCCUGCUACAUCACAGGCUGGGGGAAAACCCAAACCAAUGGGCAGGUGUCUCAGACCCUGCAGCAGGCGUACCUGCCCAGCAUGGACUAUGCCAUCUGCUCCAGCUCCUCCUACUGGGGCCCCAUGGUGAAGAGGACCAUGGUGUGUGCUGGUGGGGACGGGAUUCGCUCAGGCUGCCAGGGUGACUCUGGAGGUCCCCUCCACUGCUUGGUGAAUGGCCAGUAUUCUGUGCACGGAGUCACCAGCUUUGUGUCCAGCCUGGGCUGUAAGGUCUCCAGGAAGCCCACAGUCUUCACUCGAGUCUCUGCUUACAUCUCCUGGAUGAAUACUGUCAUGGCCUCCAACUGA